CAGAAAGGUCCAAUUCAGCUCAGAAUCCCUUCGUUUUACAGAAAACGCUUCAUGAACGUGUUGGUGAAGAGGUUUUGAAAAACGUCGAGAUGGCGUCGAAUCCGGCGAAAUCAUACGGGUUGACUAUCCCGAAGAAGGGCCCUCAGAAGCCAACGGCCAUGGUCGCCAGACCUUCGAUCUUUGGAGACGAUUCUGAUGAAGAUAGCGCUCACGAGGCAAUCAACAGAUCCUUGCAGAAUGAUGCAGCCAAGAAGAAAAUCAGAAAGCAAACGCAACUCCAGAUGGCCAAGGCGCUGCAAGAGGACGCCAGCGUGUACGAAUAUGACAGCAUCUACGACGACAUGAAGAAGCAGAAGGAAGAGAGAGCCGCCGCCACAACCGGACACAGGGUCGAGAAGAAGCCUAAGUACAUCAAGGCCCUGCUGUCGGCCGCUCAGCGUCGCAAGCUGGAGGAAGAGAGGAGGAUGGAAAGGAAGGUUCAGAAGGAGAGGGAGGAGGAAGGGCACGAGUUUGCGGACAAAGACGCCUUCGUGACGUCCGCAUAUAAGAAGAAGCUGCAGGAGUUGAGAGAGGAAGAAGAGAGGGAAAGAAGGGAGGCUGAGGAAGAAGCGAGGAAUGAUGUAACCAAACAGAAGGACAUGAGCGGGUUCUACAGACAUCUGUUGGCUCAGACCAUCGGGGAAGAGGCACCCAGUGGGUCACAGGUCAAGGUCAAGCAGGAAAAGACGGACGACGAAACUGCAGCCACGUCGACGAAAGUAAAACAAGAGAGGACCGCAGACAGGGAGGAUAGUGACUCUGGGUCAGAUGAUGAAAGAAAGAGGAAACAUAGCCAUAGAAGUGAGCAUCACAGGGAUAGGAGUGAAAGAGACAAUGAUGGAGAGAGGGAGAGAGAUGAUAGACACAGACAUAGGCACUCAGAGAAAGAUAGAGAGAGGAGAAGAGAGAGAAGUAGGAGCAAGGAGCGGAGUAGGGAUAGAGAGAGGGAUGAGAGGAGUCAUAGGGACAGAGAUAGGAAGCAUCAUGGUAAAGACAGAGAUAAAGAUAGGCACUCAGAGAGAAGUCAUAAGGAGAAAGACCAUGAUAAACCAAAGGCUGAGAAAGCGAGGGAGAAAGAGUUGUCUCCUGAGUCAGAAAAGAGGAAAAGGAAUGAAUCCAGUAGUACUAAUACUAGUUAUAGGGAAGAAGAAAUUGUUGAAAGUGGACAGGGAGAGAAAAAUUCAAAGGGUGAGGAAGAGUCAAAUGCAAAGGAGGAAAGUAGCAAGAAAAAUGAGAAGUCUAAGUUUGCUAAGAGGAAUGAGGGGGAGUCUGUGAUGUCUGCCAGGGAGAGGUACUUAGCCAGGAAAAUGGCAAGGGAAACUGCAAAGGCAGCCUUUGGAGAGCCACUGGAAUGAUGUAAAUAAUGUACUCUGUAAGCCCCUCUUUGGAAGUGAUAAGUACUUCCAUCAGUUUAUGGUAUUGUAUUGUGUGGAAUGAUAUGUACGGACGUCUAUUUAGAUCUUCCCUUCUUUUGAAAGCUUUAUCGGUAGUGUAGCACUACCACUACUACUACUAUUGGGGUUGAACAUUUUGUAUUAUUCUGAAAACAGACAGGUAUUCAUUCACUGUUUCUUUCAAUCUUGGUGGUACUAGUAAUUUUCAUGUACUAUGACUGGCUUGAUAAUAGAAUUGUUGUACACAAGACUUGUUAUAUGUAAAUAAACAAAUGUAUGGAAAAAUCACAAGAGAUGAAGUAUUAUACAGAUAGUGGGGUUUGUUUGUAGGUUUUGCUUAAAAGAAUACCAAAUUACCAAUACUUUGUUAUGUCAAGUACUUGAAAUGAAACCAGAUCCAUGAGUUUGCUUCAUUGUUAGAAAAAACUUCUCAGUGAAGAGGCAGAAAGCUUAGUAGUUUAGAAACUUUGCAUAUAUAUUUUUUUUCAAACAUAUACAUAUCAAUAUCACACAGUUCAGCAGUAUCUACUUGGAAUGUCAAAUGCCUGUAUUCAUUACUUGCAAAUAUGUACAAAUAACUUUUCACUUCUACAGGCAGCAAAAUAGAUCAUACAAUUUGCGGACUGUUGUCGGUACAAACUAAUGCAAAGCUUGUGGAUGAAUUGUUACUUGCAUGCCAAAUUGUAUGUUCAACAUAGAGAGUGAUCUUUGUACAAAAAACUCUAUACACAAAAUACAAUACAGAACCAUUCA